UUAUUUUAUUUUAUUUUAUUUUGUUCUUCGUUGUUCUUUUGUCUUGUAUGUUAAGUUCUGAAACUCCGUGGUGCUUUAUGGGCUCAUGGCGGUAGUUUUCUCCGUUUGUUCCACGGCGGAGGCGAUAUUGCAGUAAUGCAUCCCUCACCUCCGGCGAUUGAUUUUCCUUCAUGAAAUUGAGGUCUUCGCCAGCCAGACAAACUUCAAUUGCAAUGGGAGAGAUAAAUCGUGCAGAGUAUGUGUCGGUUGGUGAACUGCCUUCGCCUUCAGUGAAUAAUGCAAAAAAAGUUUCUAUGUUGCCUCUCGUGUUUCUCAUCUUCUAUGAGGUUUCGGGGGGUCCAUUUGGAGUUGAGGAUAGUGUUGGGGCAGCUGGUCCUCUGUUGGCUCUUCUUGGGUUUUUAGUCUUUCCACUUAUAUGGAGUAUUCCUGAAGCAUUGAUAACUGCUGAGAUGGGGACUAUGUUUCCUGAAAAUGGUGGUUAUGUGGUUUGGGUUUCUUCUGCAUUGGGUCCGUUUUGGGGAUUUCAGCAGGGUUGGAUGAAAUGGCUUAGUGGAGUUAUUGAUAAUGCUUUAUAUCCUGUCUUGUUUCUCGAUUACUUGAAGUCGGAGAUCCCAGUUCUUGGUGAAGGUCUUCCACGAGUCGCUGCGGUCUUGGCUUUGACAGUGAUCCUCACUUACAUGAAUUAUAGAGGAUUAACAAUUGUUGGUUGGGUUGCUGUAAUCCUUGGUGCUUUCUCAAUCCUCCCUUUUGCAGUUAUGGGACUCGUGUCUAUUCCGAAACUACAGCCUUCUAGAUGGUUUGUGGUGAACCUAAAGGAUGUCGACUGGAAUCUGUAUUUGAACACUCUUUUCUGGAAUUUGAAUUACUGGGAUUCUAUUAGCACAUUGGCUGGAGAAGUGGAAAACCCAAACAAAACACUCCCUAAAGCACUUUUUUAUGCCUUGAUUUUGGUUGUUCUCAGUUACUUCUUGCCUCUUUUGAGUGGGACGGGAGCCAUUGCGCUUAACCGUGAACUGUGGACCGAUGGCUACUUCUCUGAUGUUGCCAAAAUUAUAGGGGGAGCUUGGUUGAGUUGGUGGAUCCAAGGGGCUGCUGCUAUGUCGAAUAUGGGAAUGUUUGUAGCAGAGAUGAGCAGUGAUUCUUUCCAACUUCUCGGAAUGGCAGAACGCGGUAUGCUACCUGAGUUCUUCAGCCAACGGUCUCGUCAUGGGACACCGUUGACUGGGAUACUAUUUUCAGCCUCAGGCGUUGUUUUGCUUUCUUGGUUGAGCUUCCAGGAAAUCAUAGCAGCGGAGAAUUUCUUGUACUGCUUUGGAAUGAUUCUGGAAUUCUUAGCUUUUGUCAAGCUAAGGAUUAAACAUCCAGCUGCAUCUCGGCCUUACAAGAUACCUGUCGGAACGGUUGGAUCGAUCUUGAUGUGUAUCCCUCCUACAAUACUAAUAUGCGUAGUGUUGGCCCUUUCCACAGUCAAAGUGAUGAUUGUGAGUCUAGCUGCUGUUGCAAUCGGCUUAUUGUUGCAACCCGGUCUCAAGUAUGUCGAAAAGAAGAGAUGGCUCAAAUUCUCUGUUAGCGGUGAUCUCCCUGAUCUCCAUUUCGCCAACCGAGACCGAACAGAAACCUUAGUAUAUUAAUGGGAAUUCAAUGGUCAUUCAGUUCCAAAGAGAGGAAGAAUCUUUCUGAGACGACAACGACGCGUUGGAGACUUGUAACAAUCGAUGCAAUGGCAGGCCAAAGAUCUUGUAAGUUCAUUCUCUGCUUUGAUACGUGCUUUAAGUCGUAGUAGCGUAGUCACGUUUAUCAUCCUAGUUUUAGAAUGGUGAUAAAUAGAAAAACAAAAAAGAAGCAAAAUCUCAGUUCCUUAAAUUAAGCAUCAGUUAGUAACACUGCAUCUUGAGAUGUCUUAUGGGUUAAUGUUCUAAUUCCACUAAUAAAAUGCCGUCUGCACGCCAAUGUCUCUCUGCUAUGCUAUCUGUUUGAAAUAAACUUGCAGAAGAUUUGCAUAUAUCAUGUAUUAUUUUGGAUAUUGUGAUCCAAAUUAUCCUUUCUGAUUAUUUUGUAUGAUCACUGGGAAAGAUUGAAUAGUGAAAUCAUGAAUUACGUGUUUGAAUUUGGUCAA